ACACGAUGUAUACGUACGCGCUAAUACAGAGGCUACUGGAAGAGACAGUUACACAUUACGCGCGUACACUCAAACACGUACUAGGAUAUUCCGAAGUUCAAAGCCAAAAGCAGUUAAGAGUUCUCGCGAAUGCGGUAGUCAUGUCAGGGUCCAAAUUAUUGAGGACAACCAGUAUCCAGUGAUGACCAUAGACUUGCAAUAUUUAAAAAAAAAAUUAUUUUUAAUAAUGCAUAAAGUGGUUUAUGCUUGAAAAAUAAAAACGAACCUUACAGACUAUGAAAUAUACGAUCAUAGCGUCACUUCAGAAUCAAUGUAAAGAGGCAACUUCAUACGUGUAAGUUCGAACUGAUGACAUUGAUGGCUGAUGAAAAUCAUGGAAUCGAUACAAGAAGUCAACGAAUCAAGUGAUCCCGUUACCCCUUCUGAUGAAAGGAUGCCAACUUUACCGACUUCUUUUAGAAGUUUGAUUCUCUGUCCAAUUGAAAUUGAAAAUGAAAACCCACAGUACCUCAUAGAGUUGCUGGGUGAUUUACUUGGAGUUACUGAUUAUAAUACAAAUAUGGCAGCUUUUUGGUUCUUGGAUUUUGUAGCACUUCUACUUUUACGUUACAAAGAAAAUCUCGAUCUUCUUGAUCGUGGUGUCCUUGUCAGUUGGCUUGCUGGUGAAAUUUUACUGAUUCGAGAAAAUGAAUUUUCCCACGGAGAUUUCUUGGAAGUGAUGGCAAGACUCUUUAACGAAAUGAUGAAAAGAAUAAAUCGUAACGAAUCGAUACUGUAUUGGGAUCAGAUAAAUUUGGAUCUUUUAAAAGAUUCGGAAGAACAAGUUACACGUAUAAGUGAAGCUAUCGUAAGUGAUGACGAAUCAGUAGAAAAUUUAAAAAAUGAGAAUUCCAUUAAAUCUCUAGAUCUUUUGAGAAUAAUCAUUGACGCUACUUACGACAUGUAUGGUACUGAUUUUCAAUUUACAUUGAUUUAUACCGGUUUUGUAAAGCCAGUCAAAGUACACACGUACCGUCUACCUUAUGUAAUUCAAAAACCACGAGCUACGAGAGACGGAAAAUUUGAAGAGAAUAUAGCAACAAAGGUUAACAAGAUACUGUCAAAAGAUAAAUCGUCAAAACCGGUAUUGAAGAAAACAAAAACAGGAAGCAAAAAUAAAGUCGGUGAAAGAAAGAAAAAAAAUAAUAUCGAUGAAACCUCCGUUGCACCGCCGCCGCCACCGUCGCCUACCGAGGAAGAAAUUCUAAUAAGAAAUCGUCAAUUUAUUUUACCAUUAAAUGAGGCAAUCGAGGCUGAAAGUAUUUUCAAAAUGUAUGAAGAGACCGAAUAGAAAAUACAAAUUUGUUGCCCAACUAUC